CUAGAGAGGUUCCAAAAUAAAGGGAAUGGCAACCUCCACAAACACCACGUUGUUUCAAACUUCACUAAGUCAAAUUUUGGACAGCUGGACUGUGCUUGAGUUAGCAGUGGAGCAUGGGUUUGGUGGAGGUGAAAGCAGAGAAAAAGCUGACUGGAUGGUAUUUGCAAUAGAUCAGUGGUUCAAAGAAAAUAAAAACUUAGAGACUUUUGAAGUAGAAGAAUUUCUAGCUGAUAUUCUUAAUGCAGAGUUUGAUACAAUUGCAGACGAUGGAAGUUUAUCCCAGAUUGCUUCAAUGAUUUGUGGUGUACACAGACUAUGUAGUAAUGGUGACGAACCUGCUGUACGGCAGAGAUUACAGCACCUACAAAAACCAUCACUAAAACAGUGUGCCAGAGCUCCUAGUGAUGAGGAGGACAAUGAUGAAGAUGAUAUGGAUACUGGCCCUACACAACUCCAGAACUCAACACAUCACCAGACACAACCAUCACAGUCAGAUGGUGCUUCCUCAGAAUCUAUAACCAAUGGAACUACAUCAAAUGAAUCAGAAAUGGAAGACGAUGGAUGGACAACUGUUCACAGAGGAAAAAGAAAAUAAAUUUUAUUUUAUGAGACAUUUUAAUUGUGUUACUAUUUAUUUGAAAUGAUUGUAUACUAUUUAUAAAUACAAUAUUUACUGCCUUAUAUUAUAAAAAAAUUGGAUUGUAUUUUAGUAAAUGUACUGUAGAUUUAUUUAAUGCUGGAAGUGUGAUCGAUACAUCUUGAGGGAAACUCGUAUAUCAUUGUUGGCUGAUAUUGAUGCAAUUGAAAUAUGCUUUUUAUGCUCUGCAUACCAUAGUAUUGGGGCAUUGAGUAUUCCAGUCGGUGUAGUGGAUAGAUAUCACAAUUUAUGGUGUGUUGAACCUGUUAGAUUUUAUUACUCCAAUGAUUUAAUGAAAGACAACUGAGUAUAUUAUUCUGAAUACAUUUGGCAUGAAAUCAUAAAUGACAAUUUAUAGUAAAGAUUUAUCCAACUGAUUAGAACAAGAUCAAAUGCAAACAAAAACAGAAAACUGAGUAAUUUGAAUUAAAGUAUUUAGGAAUCAACUGAUUUGUUUUGAUGUUGUGAAUUAGGCUUACUCCUGUAUGUUUGAACUUGAAGAAAUAUUGAGAAUGUUUUGAACUGUUUUACUGUUUGUUAAUGUUUAUGUUUGAUACUGUUGAGAAGUUUUAUUGAAAGCUAUCAAAUGCAAUAGGAAGAAGUAAACAUUUUAAAA